AUGGGGAUCCUAAACCCCAGUUCUGAAGAACGGAAAGAAGCAAACUCCAGGGCACUUUCCCAUCAAUUCCACUUACUCUGCCUGAAAUCCUUCUCGGUAUCAGAAGCAGACGCUGUGAUGUCGGGACAGAGGAAAGGCGCAGCGCUCCGUCUCCCUAAAUGUGCUUUCUGCAGAACAAACCGCGACAAAGAAUGUGGCCAGCUGCUUCUGUCCGACAGCCAAAAGGUGGCAGCGCAUCACAAGUGUAUGCUGUUCUCGUCGGCCCUGGUGUCGUCUCCUUCAGAAAAUGAGAACAUAGGAGGGUUUUCUGUCGACGACGUGAAAAAGGAGAUUAAACGAGGCAGUAAGCUGAUGUGUUCCUCGUGCCAUCGUCCCGGCGCCACAAUCGGCUGCGACGUGAAAACCUGUCGCAGAACCUAUCAUUAUUACUGCGCACUGAAGGACAAGGCUCAAACUAAAGAGAAUCCAUCACAAGGAAUUUACCUCGUUUAUUGUCGCAAACAUCGGGGCGCAUCACGUGAGGACGCGGAAGUAGAUAAAGUGGAGGAUGAGGCCAACGAUUCAGACUCGUCCCCCCCUCAGAGCAGAGGCCGCGGCCGGUUUGAAAAGUCCAGGACGAAGGGCGGCUCCAGGGGCCAGAGUGAGGAGUCCCAGCCCACAUCCUCCCAGACCGCGGACGACGAGAGCUCCUCACACAGAGACCGGUCGCCUCUAAGGUCCAGUCCAGCAGACGGGCUUCAGCGCUGUGGGUUCUGUCACGCUGGAGACGAGGAAAACGAAACAAGAGGCGUCCUCCACACCGACAACUCCAAAAAAGUGGCUGCUCACUACAAAUGCAUGCUUUUUUCAUCUGGAACUGUGCAACUAACCACAUCGUCUCGGGCUGAGUUUGGAAACUUUGAAGUAAAAACAGUUAUUCAAGAAAUCAAAAGAGGGAAGAGAAUGAAAUGUACGACAAAGCCAAAUUCAUUGAAAACAUGGCGCGUGGCAUUUACAAACUUUAUUGCAAAAACCACAGUGGAAACGAAGAACGAGACGAAGAGGAUGAAGAGAGAGAAAAUCGCAGAGAGAGAGCAGCCAGCGAACAAGCUGCACAAGUCAACGGCAACAACUAGGAAAAAAGACCAAUGA